GUGACCUCCAUUUUGUCUCUUUGUUCUUAUUCCGUACCUGUUUUCUGUUUGUGUUCUGUUAUGGUGCUAUCGAAGAAGAAGACCAAAGAAGUAGUAAUACGAGGUCGAAGCAAGUCUGUCGGUCGGGAUACUCCAAAAAGUCGUUCCCGUACUCCUGCAACUCCACGAUCUCGAUCGAAAACGCCUACGAGACGACCACGAACACCUGCUUCGGAGUCAAAAGUUCGGAAGAGACGCUCACCUAGCAGCGAGCACAGCGAGGGGUCGAGUAAAGGUUCGACUAAACCAAAAAAGCGUACUGAAAUUGUUGUUGACCGUCCUAUCCAAACCGUUCUACCAAAACCACUUAUUGAAUACACUGGAUUGUCUCGAUUUUCUGAAGGGAUCGUUAAAAAGAUUGAGCUAGAACAAGCGAUUCAUUUUCGUAAAGAGGAGCAAGUUCAAAAACCGGAAACAUUUCACUCUCAUAAACCACCUUUAUCUCCAGUUGUAACGAAUUACCGUAAACCUUUCUUUAGUCCAACAGUUGUUGGGAUUGCCCAACUGAUUUUUGUCGUACCGUUCAUUUACUGGUUGAAUCUUUUGGUUUUUGCACCACCACAUGUGGGAGAUAAGUCAGAAAUCAAAAGUUUAUGGGGACCUGCACAUCCGUUGUUUUGGGUGAUGUGGCCAACAGAUUGGCGCGUUUAUUUCAACAUUCAAAGUGUAGCAUUCGUCUCUACAUAUUUAUUUUUACACUGUCUGAUCGCCCGUUUCAUUCCAUUUGGUCAUCUUGCAAACACAAGCUCUCGAAAUAACGAUUGUCGUUGUAAUGGUUUAAUAUCAUUCAUCAUUUUCAUGGGAUUGUUUGCAUUCGCACAAAUGUCGGAGUAUCCCAUUGUCAAAGGCUUAAAGCCAAGCACAAUGAUUCCAAAUUUUUGGCUGGGUCUACUAACUUCAACGUGUUUGGCUACCUUCAUAAUAUCGUUUGCAGCAUUUUUCGCCUCACGAACAGUUACACGUUAUACAAGACAGUCAGCAGCUAAAACAAGCAGUGUGUUUCUCGACUUUUGGUAUGGUCGGUACCCGCGACCUUUGUGGUUUGGCAUAGACUGGAAAAUGGUUGUAAUACGUUCCGGACUAACAGCCUUACCGUUAAUCGAUAUGGCAUACAUUUUCAAACAAUAUGAACAGUAUGAACGAGUUAGUCCAGCUCUUGCUGCUCAUGCACUGAUGCAUGCCUUGUGGGUAUUAGACUUCUUCAUCUUCGAACAUGCCUUUAUUUACACAUAUGAAGUUCAGUCGAUAACAUUUGGUUCAAGUUUCGUUCUAGGCCAGCUUGUUGCCUUACCCUUUACCUAUUCUAUAACAAGUUCAUAUUUAUCGUCAAAACCUGAUGUUGGUCGAUCGCCGACAAGUUUAUCAAAACACAGCUGUGAACCAUAUACAAUGGGAAUAUCUGUUAUUGUAUUUCUAUUAGGACUAUGGAUACAUCGAACAUCUAGCAACCAGAAAAACAUGUUCCGACGUGAUCCUCAUCAUCCAUCAUUCAGUAAUGCUGAAAUCAUAGCUGGUCCUGGUACUCAACGACUUUUAGCUGGAGGUUUCUGGGGACGUGUCCGCCAUCCUAAUUAUGUAGGAUACAUGAUAAUGGCCCUGGCAAUGGCGAUUCCAUGUGGUAAGUGAAGUCAGUUUUUUGUCUACUAACGGUUGCUACUUGUCUACCACUUCUAUUAUUAUUUUGAUGGUGCUGUUAGAGCUGAGGACAAUACUAACCUUUCUUGACAGCUUGAAAAUCCCUUUUGGACAGCAGUUCAAGCCUGUAUAUUUUUAAAAAGAAGACUAGUUACAUCGUCGAAUAAUACUCUUUUCUUUUCCCCACUGUAGGUUUCGACUCAGUGAUCCCGUGGAUUAUUCCAAUUUUCAUCAUUCUCUUCCUUAUACAUCGUGCAUUUGUUGUUGAAGAGGCUUGCUUAAAGAAACAUGGUCCUGCAUGGCAAAAAUACAUGGCACUUGUACCUUAUCGUUUUAUUCCUAAAGUUUUUUAAUAUUAUUGUAUAUUCAAGCCUUUAUCUCUAAUAUACUUAUCUUGCAUUUCUAUGUCAAUGUAUUUAUUAAUCAUAAUAUUAAUAAUACUUUCUUGCUCAACAGUUUAUCCCUACUACCAAACCAACAUCACCACCAACCCUUUUAUUUGUUUACAGGCAGAUCCCUUGUCUCUCUAUUCUAUGUAUAUUGUUAACUCAGGACUUUUCAAAUUGGCAGCAUUUCGUUAAUAUAGGUAGAUGUUCUAAUUAAUAUUUUUCUUAGGUGUACAGUUGGUUUGUAUUUUUCAAAAAAAUUCUAUUCCAUUGAUAAUAUAUUUCAUAAGUCUAUUGUGUUUCUUCCCGUUUUGUAAUAAAUCAGUGUUUACCAAUUUUCAAAAUUUGUUCUUUUUAUUGAGAAAAACACACUGGGGGUUGAAGUGGGGUGGGG